CUGCCGCCGGCCCCCGGGGACGUCCCGGUGCCACGGGCCGGGCUUCGCCGCCACGGGGCCCCGGGGCCGUCCCCUGCUCCCCCGGGCGGUGGGGACAGGGCGAGGACAAUGCGUCCGGGGGGUGCCGGCCGGGGCCACGCUCACCCCUGGGGACCGGGAGCCAGGAGCGCGAUGGGUGGCGCGAGGGUCGCGCUGUCCCUCCUGCGCCACCCGCGUGGCUGCCACCACCAGGACCUUCCAGCUCCACCAGUGCCACCAGUACGGGCCUGCACGCCCCGGGCUGCAGCGUCCCACCGCAGGCUGGGACCCUCGAGCUGAGCCGGCUCCGGCGGGCAGGGCAGGGGGCUGGGUGGGCAACGAUUCCCGAGAGCUGAAAUAGGUCCGAAACGGCUUUUUUGAUGAUUUCGCUGCUCUCCCUAAUACCCUUACAGCCUUCUCCAUGGCAACCAGGGCGGACGGCGCAGACUUUGGUCCUGGCCGAGCACACCGAGGGCCGCGGUGCCGGCAGGAGGAGGCCGUGGCAGUGGGGACCUGCAGCGAAGUCCCCGCGGUGGCACCGCUCCGGUCCCGGGGGCUCGAGCAUCCCGGGACGCGUUAGGAGAUGACGGCUUGACGGCAGCGUGGGAAAGGGGCUGCUUAUUUCCCCAUCGCUGUUUGUUUGCUGUUUUCCUAGCGAGAGGCUUUCUGUGCGCAGCGUUACCCGCCCUGCGGCUGCGGGUCGUUCGCUUUUAAAAUUGACCCGUGGGUUUUGUGGGUUUUGGCCGGCAGGGCCGUGCUGGUUCAGCUUUUUGUGGCUCCCCCAUUGAUUACGCCUUGUGUCAAUAUGUGCUUAGCGCCUGGUGGUGGAUGCGCUGGUCUCCAUCGCCCGCUUCUCUCUUUGGAUCUAUAAUUUCCCAGAAUAGAAGAUUAAAAUAGAGGGGGAGGAGGGCGCUGCUUCGGGCCAAAAAGAAACUGGAAAAGCAUUUCUUAUUUAGCCGGGCUGCAAAGUUCGAUCACGUUGAGCAAAGAACCGCCGGCAUCCCUCGCUCACCCUGACACUUGUUCCCAUGGGCACACUCCCCAGUUUUCCACAGUUUAAAACCUCUGCCAAAAUUAAAGAACGAAGACCUGAGAAGUCCCCUGCGAGUCAGGGGAGGACAGGCUGUGCUUUGUGGGGAUGAAGAGGUGGCAGCAGGGACAGACCCCCCGCCAGCCUGGCUGCGCAGCAUCGCUGUCCCCGCAUCGUCCCUGUCCUCGUCCCUGGGGACUGGCGUGAGGCGAGCUGAAGGAGCUGGAGGGCGAGCGGUGGCUUUUCCACAGGUUCGUCAGGCGGUUGAUACCAGGGAGCCAACGGGGCUCCUCCAGCUUGGGCACCAGCGACCUUUUUUUUUUUUUUUUUCCUGGAAAUUGGUAAAGAAUUCUUCAGAAACCACAUUGGACGCAGGCAGGUGGGGAAAAUGACCUGGGAUACAGGACGGGGUCAGAGCUUCCCCACGGAUUUGGGGAGCUGCCAGGCGGCUCCAGCAGGGGAGCGCUGGCACCAGCGCCCACGGGGACCUCGCGGGCUCGGGGCUGGCUUGGCUUCCCGCUGCCAGCCCUCAGCUCUCCGCACAGACACGCAGAGCUGGGGAGUUUGGGCGUCACGGGGGUGCAAACCAGGACCCCGAGGGGGAGCAAAGCUCACAUUGGAGCAUCUUCCAUUCCCUCCAGCGCUACGGGGAAGGGACAUUGAUGGGAAGCCCCCAGCACGAAAACCCCUACAUGAAGGAACGAGCGAGCCCUUCCGCCGGCCUCUGCACGCGCUGCACCACACCGCAGUGCCCGGGCUGUGGGGACGGCCCAUGCUGACUGCCCUUUGUGCCCCCAGCACGGCCACUUUGUGCCACCGGGACACGGGUCUGACGCCGUGCUCACCCCACCAGCAUCCUCAGCGGAGCACCAGGGAAGGGCCGGUGCCACCAUGUGGGGACCCUGCAGGAGCCUGGGGCGCAGCCACGGCGACCCCACGAGGUGCCCUUGUCCGUCUGUCUCUCCUCACUGCCCACCCAAACCACAUCUCCAGCAGGAGCAUCGUCCCCCAAGACCAGCUCCCGGCACUUCACCUCUACUCCUGGGCUUGGCGCUCCCGCAGACGUCUCCGUGUGCGCCUGCAGCUGGGACAAACACCGCCACGGAGCGGGGGUAGAAGCCCCGCGCCCGUCCCUGCUCCCGCCGGCCGUGGCCGAGCCCAGCAGCGGCAGGGUUAAGGCCAGCGGCGGGCGCUGGACGGGCGUCAAGGUGGUUGCUCCAUCCCUGCGCGGGGCCGGGAGCGCGCACGGAGCCGCCCGCCACCAUGAGCGCAGGCAGAGCGGGCAGGGCCCCGCUCCUGCUGCCCCUGGCCCUGCUGUUGGCCGCCGCGUCCCAGCCCCACGAUGGGGACGUCCCCAAGGAGCCCGCGGAGCCCCUGCGCUGCCCCAGCCCCUGCGCCUGCAGCUUCGACGACUACAGCGAGGAGCUCAACGUCUUCUGCAGCGGCCGCAACCUGACGCAGCUCCCCGAGGACGUCCCCGCCAACGCCAAAGCCCUCUGGCUGGACGGCAACAACUUCACCCAGCUGCCGGCCGCGGCCUUCAGGAACCUCUCGGGGCUGGACUUCCUGGACCUGCAGAGCAGCCAGCUGGCCGCCGUGGAGCAGCACGCCUUCCACGGCCUGCGCAGCCUCUACCACCUCCACCUCGAGCGCAACCGCCUCAAGCACCUGGCGCCCCACACCUUCCUGCACACCCAGAACCUCGUGUCCCUCAGCCUCAACAACAACUUCUUCAGCAAGGUGGAGGAAGGGCUGUUUGCCGGGCUCUCCAACCUGUGGUACCUGAACCUGGGCUGGAACUCGCUGGUUGUCCUGCCCGACAAGGUCUUCCACGACCUGCCCAACCUGAGGGAGCUGAUCCUGGCGGGGAACAAGCUCCCCUACCUCCAGCACCAGCUCUUCUGCAGCCUUACGGAGCUGAAGGAGCUGGACCUGAGCGGGAACGCGCUCAAGGGCAUCAAAAUCAACAUCUUCGUCAAGCUGCAGAAGCUGCAGAAGCUUUACCUGAACCACAACCAGAUCAACGCCAUCGCACCCCGCGCGUUCAUGGGCAUGAAGUCCCUCCGGUGGCUGGAUCUGUCCCACAACCGCCUCGUCUCGCUCUUUGAGGACACGUUUCUGGGCCUCCUGAGCCUGCACGUCCUACGCUUGUCCACCAACUCCAUCAGCAGCCUGAGGCCCAGGACUUUCAAAGACCUCCAGUUCCUGGAGGAGCUGCAGCUGGGGCACAACAGGAUCCGGAGCCUGGCAGAAAGGACCUUCGAGGGGCUGGGCCAGCUGGAGGUGCUCAGCCUCAACAACAACCAGCUGCAGGACAUCAGGGUUGGGGCGUUCCUCGGGCUGUACAACGUGGCGGUGAUGCACUUGUCUGCCAACUGCAUCAAGGCCCUCCCCGACUUCGUCUUCAAGGGGGUCACCAAGCUGCACAGCCUCCACCUGGAGCACAGCUGCCUCGGCAGGAUCAGGGCCAGCACCUUCUCCGGCCUCUCCAGCCUGCGGCGGCUCUUCCUGCAGCACAACGCCGUCUCCGUCAUCGAGGACCGGAGCUUCAGCGAACUGCAUGAGCUCCUGGAGCUCGACCUGAAGCACAACAGGCUGAGCCACCUCUCGUCGCAGCUCUUUGUGGGUCUGAGCAACCUGGAGUACCUCUUCCUCUCCUCCAACCAGCUCCUGGACAUCUCCCAGGAUGCCUUCAGCCCGCUCCAGAGACUUUUCUGGCUCGACCUCUCCCAUAACCAGCUGGAGACGCUGGACAACGCCGUCAUCUCCCCCCUGGCCAACCUGCGGUACCUCAGCCUGAGUAACAACUCCCUGGAGACCUUCUCGGUGGGCUUCCUCUGCCCUUCCUUCGCCCUGGAGCAGCUGUGGCUGGGGGGAAACAACUGGCAUUGCAACUGCUCGCUGAAGGGGCUGCGGGACUUCUCCCUGCGGCACCCCGCGGCGGUCCCGCGCUUCGUGCAGUCCGUGGCCGAGGGGGACGACUCCCACGUCCCCGUCUACACCUACAACAACCUCACCUGCCGUCACCCCCCCAGCCUCGCAGGCCUGGACCUCCGCGACACCAGUGAGGACAGCUUUGCUCACUGCUGACACGCGCCUGUCACCGCCCCGUCCCCGCCGUGCCAGGCUCACCGGGGCAGUGCCAGGAGCGACGGCUCCACCGCUGCCCGCGGUCAGCCCAGCCUCGUCCGUGUGUCCUGGACGGGGACCUGGGGAAGGCGAGGGGGGGGGGUGGGGACAGGCACCGGCUCCACGAACCAAAGUCUUUGAGUCUGGUGGUAUUUAAAGACCGGCACCCAUCACCAGGACAGAGCAAAGCAUGUUCCUGAUACAAAGCGGGAGGUCGGGUGGCUUCACCCUGUCCCCACCGGUGGGCGGCACCCAGCCUCUCCGAGCCCCCACACCUCACCCAGAGCCCCCAGCAUCUCCCCCUCCAGCCCCAUCCACCAGCAGGACGCCGGGCGCCAGAAAAGCAGCACUAGAACCCAGCACAUGGGGUCACCUCCGUCCCGGGUAGGUUUAAGGGAAAAACAGAAAUCCCAAAUUCCCCGUUGAGCUCUCCUGUCGGCUUGGGGAAGGGGGCGGAGGGCUCGCUUUAAGAGCCCCUUGCCACGGCCGAUGCAGGCAGGGUACAGAAAGCCACACACACGUCACUUACCCGAUAAAUCGCAAGCAGACAAAUAAACCUUUGGAGCUAUCGCAACCCGUCUUGUAAGUAUGUUUUUUCGAAAGCAC